AUGGCUGAAAGGGAAUGGCAAAAUGAAGUCUCCUCCAGCUCUGUGGCUGCUUAUUUUGAAUGCUUCCUGGGGCGCUGUGAGCUUUCCUCCUCUCCUCUCUCCGCCUCUCGAUCGGAUUCAGCCAUCUCAUUAAAGCUUUUAUCAGAGUUGACCGACGAUAUUUCGGCGACCAAUUUUACCCCAAUUUGGUGGAUUUCAGCGCAGCAGUGCGUAUACGCCACAGGCGGCCUAGACGAGGAGGAUAAAAAGAGAUUUUGGGAGGUUUUGGACGAGGUGGUGAGAGGCGUGCCUAGUUCAGAAAUGAUUUUCAUAGGAAGGGAUUUUAAUGGGCACAUCGGGUCUCUAUCGAUGGGUUAUGAUGAUGUACUUGGAGGUUUCGGGUUCGAGGAUAAAAAUGUUGAGGGAGCUGCGCUUUUAGAUUUUGUGAGCGCCUUUGGGUUAGCGGUAGUGAAUUCCAGCUUUUCGAAGAAGGAGAAGCAUCUAGUUACUUUUCGUAGUAGGUUAUCCAAGACUUAG